AUGCAAGCAGACGAUUCGUGGAAGUACAAUGUUUCGUUUUUCACAUUGCAAGCCUUAUUCACAUCCGCCAAUCGCAGAGAUGACUUGAUAGCCGUUUCAAUUUGGACUAUUAUGCUAUUGUACGCUCUCAUCGCCAACAUGCUCAUUCUUGCCGGGAUCGCUCGUAGUGCAACCAUGAGAUCAGCAACCAGCUAUUGGUUUAUCAUAUCUAUCGCAAUAUGUGACAUUCUUAUGACAAUCAUCUCACUGGUGCAUUUGGUUCCUGCCACCGCAUUUCACGAAGAGUACGUGCAAUUUAAGUCCGUGCGCAAUAUCAUCAUGAUUUUUUUCUACGACUUGUUUUGGUACACCGGUGUUGUACAGCUGGGCCUGAUGGCAGGAAAUAGAUUCGUCUCAAUUGUUUACCCAAUGGAAUACAAGCACAUUUUCUCUCGAACUAGGUCGUUGUACCUAAUUCUUUUCGGUUAUUUUCUCGGAUUCCUGGUAUCGUUGCCAACCCUUUUUGAUUGCUGUCAUACUUUGUGGGACUCGAACUACUACAUCACCGUUUAUGAGAAACCGGGGACAUUGUACAAGUAUGUUGAUAUGGCGGUCAACAGUAUCUCGCUGUGUAUGAUGAUCAUAUUUUACGCGGUUAUCAUUUACAAAGUUCGUGAGAGUGGACGAGCAAUGGCCAAGUAUCAAUUAACGAUUCGAACCAGACAGCAAAAUGCGUUGGAAAAUGGUGUUUCAUUGACAUCUCAAAUGAACGAUUGUGGUAGGACAUCUUCUGUCCGGCCACCUCGCAGUCAAGUUAGCAAGAAGGAAAUGAGACUUUUCAUUCAGUUCUUCGUUGUCUCACUGGUUUUCCUCCUCACGUGGACCACAUGGCAAUGGCUUCCCUACAUGUCUGAAUCGAAAUGGGCAUAUUUUGUGAUGACGUCUCUUUUCUUUAUCAACAAUUCAGUCAAUCCGACAGUUUAUAUUAUUUUCAACACACAACUUAGACGAGAAUUACACUAUUUGAUAUGCCGACACCACGUAAUUUCGACGGCACAAAACAAACGGAAGCAAACACUGUUCGGACGAGGGAUCGCAGCUGAAACUAAAAAUGAAACUGAUUUUCAAAACAACACAAGGGAUGAUGCUACUAAGUCUUUGGUGGAUCAAGCUGGUUCAGUCUCAUCCCAAUCUCACGACGAACAUGUAAGACACCAGCUUCUUAUCAAGUAG